CAAUCCUUUCCUUUUUCAUUCAUUCAUAUCUUUAUAGCAUAAAAGUAUGACGUGGUUAUCUCUCUUGUUGUGGUACUCUCUUUCAGCGCAUCAUAAGGUAUCAACUUCCGGUUGGCAAAAAUGGAUGAAAUUUCUUUGGAAAAUCUUGUAAAAAGUCAACUGUUCAAGGUAAUCCAAUGAUGCAUAUUUAAAUCAACAUGGAUAUGUCGAUGCAUAGAGUAAUGAAAAAAGUAUUUGCACAUACCUCAGCCGAGCUAUCGUCAGAUUUCCUAAAGAAUUUUGACGAUGUUUCCACACCAUUGUCAAAUGUUCAGCUCACAGAAAUCAGUCGGGAAGCAGGCGUUGACCUACAUGAAGACGGUGGUAAAUUUAGCAUGGUAGGGGAUUGGAACUCAAUGGUGUCGGCGUAUAAACUCCUGAUAGAGCUACUUAAUUCCGUAUAUGGUAUUCCACCGGUAUCCACCUCAUUGGAUUACGAAGACGGUCUUGUAGAGUCGACGUAUUCGAAUCAGACUCCAGAAAAUGUUUCCACGAACAGCACUAGUAAACAACCAGCAACUAAAUGUGAGGGUAAACAACAGAACAAGCGAUCAGAGCAAACACUGAAGCCAUCUGCAGGGAAGAGUAAAGUCCCAGAGCCAAUCGUGUUGACCUUUUCAUCCAAAGACUUCAUGGUUGACGAUCCAAAUACAGAAAGUGAGAAAGUGUCGGAUACAGAUCCUAUGUAUGAUGGGGAAACAGAAGAUGAGGAAGGAGAAAACUCAUCGCCUCCAGAAAACACUUUGAAUAGUAGUGGGGAUGAUGAUAAAGACAAUAUUAAUCUUGAUUUAGACAAGGACAAUACAACUAUAAAUUAUAUUCAUAAGAAACAACAGGCAAAUCGUGAAGUUGCCAGUAAAAACAAAGACAUAAAACCUGUGUUUGAUAAACCUGAACAAACAGUUACCAGAACAAAAACCAAACAAACUCUUCGUGUUGACAAUAUAGCUAAGAAAAUUAGUAAAUUAACACCACCAAAAAAGAAACAUAAAAGGAAAGGCGUUCCAGUGAAAUUACUCAAAACAAGUCCUAAAAAAGAUGACAUUGAAAAUAUGUGUGGAAAAUCUGUUGAAAUAAAGCAAGAGGAAGGAGAUGAUGGUCCCAAGGAGACAGUGGAAAUAUCAGACAUAUCUGAAGGGGUUGAUGAUGAUGCCGAUGGCGUGCAGGAGACAGAAUUUGAUGAUGUGGAUGAUGAAGAAGAGGCUGAUGAUGAGGAAAAAUUAGAGGAAAAGCAGGAUGCAAACGAUCAAGAAUGGCUUCCUGAUAAAACCUUUAAUGAUAAAGCUGAUGGCUUAAAAAUAAAAUUUGAAAGGAAAGCUGGCAAAAGACAAACAAGAAAAACAAGAGCAGGACAAAUAAAGAAAUCCAGAGGGAAGAGGUCCCAAAAUGUGGGGAAAGCAUGUGAUUACCCGUGUCCCUCCUGUUCUUAUGUAGCAAAGAAAAGAAGUCAGCUAGGCGAACACUAUAGGAGAAACCACAGAAUGAAAAAAUGGAAAUGUGAGCAUUGUGAUAGAACAUUUGGUAUUCAUAAAGACUUGAAACGACAUGUGUUGACCCACGUUGAACCUCAACACUGCUGUGACACAUGUGGUAAGAUGUACAAAUCGCUUCGAACAUUCAUCAAACAUAAGAAAGUUCAUGAAGAUGAUUAUGAAAAGCCUGAAUAUCCAUGUGAUCAGUGUGAUAAAAGAUUCAGUACUAAAUACGUACUAAACUACCACAUCAAGGCUGAGCACAUGGGCAUAAGAAAAAGCUUCCUGUGUCCAACAUGUGGCAAAAGUUUCACUCAGAAAAACUCUUACAUUCAACAUGCAAAUGUACAUAUGGGUCUAAGACCUCAUAUUUGUAAGGUGUGCAACAAGUCGUUCGCCUAUGAAAAGUCUUUAAAGGAACACAAAUAUACCCAUGAUGAGGUAAAAAGAUUCAAAUGUGUAGUUUGUGACAAACUCUUCCGACAAUCUUCAGCCCUUGCCAUUCACAUGAAAGUACACAAAGGAGGAAAGGAUCAUUUGUGUGGAGUUUGCGGUAAAGGUUUCACACAAAAACAGGCUUUGUAUAGACAUGAAAGAAUUCACAAUGGUGAUAAACCAUUUUCUUGUGGUCUCUGUGCAAGAAAAUUCAGUGACACUUCUAUAAUUAGACGCCAUAUGAUCUUGGUCCACAAGAAAGAUCCAAAGAGGUGGAGAGAGGGUGUUAUAUCAGACCUGAAGGGAAAGGAAGGCUACUUUAUUGAGAGUUUUGAUGGCACAGUUAGGAGAGGGGGUAGGCCUAUUAUGACUGGUGGGCCAGAUCCACCAACUGACUUAGAAAACCAGGAUAAGGACCUGUCUAAUGAACAAACUAUCCCUAACAACACAGAAAUUCAGACACCGGAGAUGAUGUCUAGCCCGGAGUCUGAUAGUAGGGCAGUGUUUAGUAACAUAGUGGAACGAAUCAUUGGUGCUUCUAGUGAACAUCUAACUGGACAAAGUUCAGAAAAAUUGGAUCAUCAUUUAGAGGGUGUUGAUUCAACAUCAGAACCAGUUGACAAUUAUCUGUCCCAUCAAGAUCAGCAGCAACAGCAGCCAUUACCACCUGUGACAACGGUACGACCCCUGUCGAGGACACUAGAUCAGGUGACAGCUGCUGCUUCAGCCCAUGGACUUUCACCUCAGGAUGAACAAAUGGCAGCUGCAACUGCUGAAUAUCUACGUAAACAAGCUCUUCUCCAAGCAGUGAGUUCCAUGCAUCAUCAGGAGCAUGUUCAGACUCCGAAUCCAGGACAAUCUCAAGGACAAAGUCAUACAACAAUGCACCUGCCCCACCUGCCCUACACUGUAGAUCCUACAACUGCAGGCAUUGAUCAAGUGACCCUUUUGCCACCUCAGUCUGCAGCCUAUAUGUCUGGUGCUGGCCCUGACGGUUACUCCGACCUGCGGAGAAAAGACAGUCGUGAUGGUCAAAGUUCAGACCACACCUUCACAGACAUGCAGCAACAGGUGCACGACUCCAACCAGAGACCGUAUGAUAAUAAAACCCCCGGGCAGUGGACGGUGCCUCCAUUUCCUUACCUGUACAUGCACCAGAACUAUAACCCUCUUCAGUACCAAAAUCCAAACCAGUGAUGAACAGUGCAGAUAUUGGAUACUUUCUUUAUAAUUAGUGGUCAGUGGUAAAAAUCAAACAAUUCAAUAUCCAUUAUGAUAGCCAAAAUCAAUAUAUAUAUAUACAAUAUGUACAAAUUAUGUGCUCUGGUCUUCAAGUUGCAAUCUUAAAAGAUAUCAUAGAUACCUUUUAUAUUGAAUUUCAGAAGUUGUCAUUUGGUAUUUUAUAGUUAUUGGAUAAUUAAGAACAGAUUAAAAUCACAAGGUUUAUAGGUCUAGUCCAAAUAUAUAAAACAUACAGUAUUUAACUAUUUUUUAACAAUGAAAAUGUCUGAUUAAAAAUACCACACAAAUGCAAUUUUUUCACAUGUCUUAUAAUAAAAUACAAUGUCUGGAAAAGGAUUUUGGUUACUAUAGAUAUUUUAUUUCAUCAAACCAAAUCACUAAGGAUAUAUUUUGCUGGUUUUUGAUGGGAAAAAAAGCAUUUUUUUGGUAGAGUGUUGAAGAACAACUGUAAGCAAUACCGGCCCAAUCAAUUGUGAUGAUAUAUUAAACAGGAUUUCUGGUAUGAUAUAAAAAUGUUUUUUUGUUUGUUUUUGUUUUGCCACUUUUGGUAAGGGUCAGUUAUUUGAAGGAGAGGUUAAUAAGAAAACGUCAUAUAUCCAAUAUCUAGAUCUGUGAACUGGUGUACCACUUAAAAGCUUUGUGACAUUCGAAAAUAUUUUGCCAUAUUUAUAUGAAUGAUACGGUACCUGUGUAGUAAGUUGCAUUAUUUUCUAUAAAUAAUAUGCUAGUUAUUUUAUCAUAUCAAUAUGCAAGCUUUUGAGGGGAAUUGUUUUUUUUGUUUUUUGCUAUUUGCCUUUUUUAGCAUUAUAAUUUUUCAUCGUGUGAAAUUGCAUGUGGCUAUACUGUAUUAGUAAAAAAAAAUCCAUCACAAUACAAUGAAAAUCCUCCAUUUGUGGUUAAUAACUUGUAUGCAUUGAAAAUAGCAAUAGAAAAUGUGUUGCAAAAUUGAUUAUUUUCUGAUGAUUCCUGUUAUUUGUACUCUAUCUAUGUUUGUAUAUUAUUUUUCAGUCAAUAUAUAUGGAAUUUAAACCCGUUCUACAAUUCUUAAUUUGUAACAUUGACCAGUGCAAUACCUUCCUCUUUCCUUUGUAAGACAUAAAUUAUUUAAUAAGUUCUGUUGUAUUUAUGUAACUUGGAUGAAUUUAAUAAAAGAUUAUUAUGAAGAAAUUCAUAUGAGAACUAAUGUGGAUGUCACAAAAAAUUUAAUUACUUUGUUUUUAACUACAAUUUAUAAAUGAGACAACUGUUUUUGAAGAAAUACUGUGUUAUUAGCCCCCCCAUCGGUUCCCAGGGUUUGCACUCUGUCCGUCCGACCUCCCAUCUUUUGUCCUGUGCAUAUCUUCUAUACUAUUUCACUUGGAGUAACUAGAUUUGGUGUACAAGGACAUCCUUGGAUGGUGGAUUGUAGAGUGCAAGAAUUGGGUCACUGUCACCUUAUGACUUGACCUUUGACCUUAACGUUUGAAAAAGUGUGUCCGGGCAUAUCUUCUGUACUAUUUCACCUGGAGUAACCAGAUUUGCUGUACAAGGACACCUUUGGAUGGCGGAGUGCAGAGUGCAAGAAUUAGGUCACUGUGACCUAUGACUUGACCUUUGACAUCUACUUUUGAAAAAGUUUGUCUGGGACAUAUUUUCUACACUUUUCACCUGAAGUAACCAGAUUAGGUGUACAAGGACAUCUUGGUAUAGUGGAUUGCAAGAAGUAUGUAUUUUCAGGAUAUUUUCCUAACAGGAGGUACAUCCAGACAUAAGUGUACUGUUUGUUAAAUAAAGAAAUCAUUACUGGUGGGGGACUAUGGAUUGCUUUGCAAUACUUUUCCUUGUUGAUCAAAGAAGUGCCUUGAUCUUUAACAAGCUCUACCCAACAUCUACAUUUGUUUGAUCAUGGAUGAUAAUUACCUAUGUGUAGACGUUUCUGUUAUAAUACCAUACAUACCUGGUAAUUAUCAAAUAAGGAGGUCAAUUUAUGUAUAUGUACUUUUUAGAAUUGUUUAAUAUCUAGAAUCUCACUUUGGGUCUGUUUAUGGAUUCCAAAAGAUUGAACAAAUCUUAUUGAAGUUUAACUGGUUACAUAUCUGAUGGUAUAUUUCUGAGAGUUCUGCUUAAAGACAUUUGACCACAAAUCAUAGCUAUCAUGAUUUACCUAAAAAAAAAUAAGUACAAAAUUUUGGAGACAUGAUUUAUGAGAUUUGUGAAAUUUCACACCUGUUGCUCUAGCUAGCUUGCAGGGCAAGAGUGUAAAUGUUUGUCAUUCAAGUUCUUUUCCAUUCACUCAAGAAAAUGUUACGUCCUAGCCAAGUGUUUAAGAUAUUUUUGUUAUUAGAUAUGAGUCUAUUGUAUGCUAAUGUUUGUGCCAUUAUUCAAAAUUUAGGUUUAAAGUGAACAACUAUGGAUUAUGAAACUGUCAUAAGUUAAUCUGUACAAGUCUGCAACUAGAAAUUCUAUCAUAAUAUUGCAGUAGUUUUAUUGGAUGCAAUACCAAUUUUCAUAAAAUGUUUCUAGAUAUUAUCUAUCUAGAUAUUUAAGUGUGAAAUCCAGUUGUAACAAAUGAGAAUUUUACCAAAGUCUGAAUUGAUUUGAUUGGUUACACAUCCCUGACUGGCCAAUGAUAUAACGAAAUUGUAUACAUUCAUGAGCCAUUGAACUUAUUAAAGGUGUUGCUGCAUGUUUUUUAAGAUAUUAAAUUCCAUUGCCUAUCAUUGCAAUAUUUGUUUUUGUAUAUUUUCCUCCUCCAGAAUGACCUUUAGCUCUACAUGGAUGAUUAAAUUGCUGCUCCAUUUUAUGAUCAAUUUUAUGGAAUUUUGUAUUUGC